CAAUUUGGAACCUUCGAGAAUACCUGUCUCAGAUUAGAUGAUUUUCAUGGAGUAAUCCAGAUAUAUUUUAUUACUUUUAAAAGAAGUAUUACUCUGCUUUAAAUUUAUUGAAUCAAGAGAUUUUAUGUUUUUUUUUUUAAUUCCCAAUAUCUAAUAGAAGUAUGAAGGAAUCCAACACCGAGGUCCAGGUAGACGAGGAGGGUACUUGUGUCUUGCUUGAUUAACUCUCAUAGCAAUACUCACAUCAACUGCGAUUGCAAGUUCUAUUUUACUGAUUAAAAUUACUAUCAUGUGCUAUGUAUAAAAACUGAACUGUUUAAUUAAGCUAUCCUGCUCCGUGAGCAGGAGGAAGAACGUCGUAGAUGGAUUGUGAACGGUUUUCCCUCAUGUGAACAGAAUUAAUUAUGAAUAUCUGAUAUGUUCUAUUAAUUUCUGUGUAGUAUGUGUUAAUUAUUGUUGGCUUUCCUCUAGAACAUGGAUAGUUCUUGAACUGGUUUUUCUUGAUUGUAAAUGUUUGCUUAUCGAUUACUAUCUUGAUUUUCGAUCUUUUCACCGGCUCAACGGCAUGCGAACAAAAUCAAGGCUCCCAGCUUUCUGUUCAACCAAACAGUUGUAUGCUAUGCCAGUAGAUGACCAAAACAGUAAGUGCUUGCUUUAUGGAAGCACUUUGCAAAAACCUUGACGCAAGCGAUUCCCCUUGCAGCGCCACCGAAUUGCUGCUGAAUGUCUGAGCGAAGAGCUCACUGAGACCUGUAUGGAUCUUAAGAUCAAUGAAAUAUAUCAUCUUAUGAUCGCAAUGGUUUUGCUCGCGGGGAGAGAAUUAUGCAAGCUUUUGAGAUGGCAAUUUCUCUUAACAGAGAGUUCUUCUUCUUCUUCUUCUUCUUCUUCUUUUCCUUUGAAUUGUAGCUGUUUCUUAGAAUCCAAAUGAUAAGCCAACUGAUUAAAAGAGCUCUCUCUUCCUUCACUCCAAUUCAAUCUGGUCUCUAACGUAUUUAAGUUAGGUUUUUUUUUUUUUUUUACAUCAAGUGUAUUAAUUUCUGGGAACGGUGUGAAAGUGAAUGGCAGCCAUUCGGACUGGAGAGGCCGUCGCUAACCGUUUGACUGUUAGAAAUUGAAAUCUUCAUACAGUUACUGUCAAACUCCUAUAAAAGCCCAAACCCAUUCAUUUUUUGUCGAUCUCUCAGCAAGAACUCUCUCUUUAUUCCCCUCUCUUGCUCCAGAUAACACUGUUUGUCAUCCAGCGAAAAUGGAGCAAACUCCUGGAGAAGAAAUUGGAAUCAGAAUCUACACUGCAUCCCCGCAAAAUGAACCUAAAUUAAACAAAAUCUCCACCGGAUCCCAUCAAGAUGAUGAAACAAAACCAUCAAAGCCAUUAUGCACCCUCACCAAAGCCCCUAAAGAACCAGGCAGCAAACGGAGAGCCGUGGCUAAAGGAGUGCAAAAAACAAUCUCCAAGACAUCCAUGCUUGUUAACUUCCUUCCAACAGGCACCCUUUUGACAUUUGAAAUGCUUCUUCCAUCAAUAUCCAAGAAUGGAGUGUGCACACCUGUUGCUUCCCUAAUGAUCCAUGUCCUUCUUGGUCUUUGCACGCUUUCCUGCUUCUUCUUUCAUUUCACCGACAGUUUCAAGGGCCCAGAUGACAAAAUUUACUAUGGUUUUGUGACAACUAAAGGGUUGGCUGUUUUUAAGCCUGGUCUUACAGUUGACGUGCCUAAAGAUGAGAGGUACAGAGUUGGGUUUACCGAUCUCGUUCAUGCAAUGAUGUCGGUGAUGGUAUUCAUGGCAAUUGCGUUGUCAGAUCAUAGAGUGACCGAAUGCUUGUUUCCUGGGCAUGUUAAGGAGAUGGGUGAAGUGAUGGAGAGUUUUCCUCUCAUGGUUGGUGUAAUUUGCAGUAGCCUGUUCUUAGUGUUCCCUACUAGUCGACAUGGCAUUGGAUGCAUGUCUAAUUGAUUAUCAGUGUGUUUUUGCUAGCAUUAUUAAUUUUAGGGUGACUUCUUCUUCAAGGCUUCCAGUUCUGCCAUUUCAGUAUCGUUAGAUCAGCUUUUGUUAAAACUUUUUAUUCAAUUGUGGAGUUAGAAAUUAUUGUAUUUGCUAGUUCCUA